CGCGCGCACUAAAGCGCCGGCAAAACUGCCGGUCCUGCGUUCGGUCUCUUCAUCCCUUCCUCUUCCUAGCCCUCUCUCCCUGAGACCCUCCUCCUCUGCUUGUCAUUGGUUGAGGGGUUGUAGGUUGAGCCUGACUGACAGGCUCCUCUCCAGGCAUUUCCCUCGGCUGAGCUGUCAGUCAGCCUCACCCUGCGCACCCCUCAGCCAAUUAUGAGCAGAGGAGGUGGGAGGGCUUGCCUCGCUCGCUCAUUUCGACUUCCCUAUUUCCUCUCCUCCUCCGUCGGGCAGCAGGCGCUCUGUUCUCCCAACACCUCUGUUUCUCCGGCGCGGUGGGAACGACGACGACGACGACGACUAUCGCAACGCUAUCCAAUCUCUACCCAUGAUACAGUCCUGUUCGUCAGUCACUCAUAAUAUUGAACAAUAACUACACAAGAAACAGCAGAUCAAGAGGGAAUAUAUGAAGGAAAAUAUUGAGGAAUCUGCUGAAGAUGAGGCGACUGAAUCGGAAGAAGACUUUGAAUCUAAUGAAAGAGUUGGAUGCCUUUCCCAAAGUUCCUGAAAGCUAUGUAGAGACUUCAGCAACAGGAGGAACAGUUUCUCUAAUAGCGUUUACAACGAUGGCUCUGUUAACCAUAAUGGAGUUCAUGGUAUAUCGAGAUACCUGGAUGAAAUAUGAGUAUGAAGUUGAUAAAGAUUUUACUAGUAAAUUAAGAAUAAAUAUAGAUAUUACUGUUGCAAUGAAGUGUCAGUAUAUUGGAGCUGACGUUUUAGAUUUGGCAGAAACAAUGGUUGCCUCUGCAGAUGGAUUAGCUUAUGAACCAGUAAUAUUUGAACUCAGUCCCUUGCAAAGAGAGUGGCAAAGGAUGUUGCAGUUAAUUCAGAAUAGGCUACAGGAAGAACAUUCUCUUCAAGAUGUUAUUUUCAAAAGUGCUUUUAAAAGUGCUUCGACGGCACUACCACCAAGGGAGGACAGCUCAUUACAACCUCCAGAUGCUUGCAGAAUUCACGGGCACCUGUAUGUUAAUAAAGUAGCAGGGAACUUUCACAUAACUGUGGGCAAGGCAAUUCCCCAUCCGCGAGGCCAUGCACAUUUGGCAGCUCUUGUGAGUCAUGAAUCAUACAACUUCUCCCAUAGGAUAGAUCACUUGUCUUUUGGUGAACUCAUCCCAGGGCUGAUUAAUCCUUUAGAUGGUACAGAAAAGAUUGCCUCAGACCACAACCAGAUGUUCCAAUACUUUAUCACAGUUGUACCAACAAAACUCCAUACAUAUAAGAUUUCAGCAGAAACGCAUCAGUUUUCAGUGACAGAACGGGAAAGAGUGAUCAACCAUGCAGCUGGGAGUCAUGGGGUGUCAGGGAUUUUCAUGAAAUAUGACAUCAGUUCCCUUAUGGUGACAGUGACGGAAGAACACAUGCCCUUCUGGCAAUUUUUAGUGAGACUUUGUGGUAUCGUUGGAGGAAUCUUCUCUACUACAGGAAUUUUACAUGGCAUUGGAAGAUUUGUAGUGGAAAUCAUUUGCUGUCGUUUCAGACUGGGAUCUUCUAAAUCUACAUCCGUCACACAUCAAGAUGGCCACCUAAACAACCAUGUACCUCUAACAACAGAUGACACUAUGCAUUAGCACCUUCUUCAGAAACUGUUUUGCAUUCUCUCUACCUGAUGCAGAAGACGUUUUUAUAACAUUGUGCAAUAUGUUGAGACAGUGCUGACGGGCAGCAAAAAAAAAAAAAAGAUCAAGCCUUUUUUUAAAAAACAAAAAAACCAGCACCCUCUCUGUGUGAUUUGUGUAUCCUUUAAGAAUUCAGAAAGAGGCCAAGAAUUCUCCUGAGAUCAGUUGCUCUUCUUCAGUGAACAGGAGCACUGUUUGGAUGUGACUUUCAAAAGAAUAUUACUAAACAGUUUCACAAAAACUGCAAUUGACCAUUGAAAUAUCAACAUGUAGCACUCCAGAGUUCAAGUGUUACUGACUUCCACAAAAGCUCACAUGAAAAGCUGGAGUGAAGCUGGAGAGUCAUGCAUUUUCAGUAUGCAUUGUAGCAAAAAGGUUGGCAGGACCAGCUUAAGAUCGACAGUUUUGUUGCUGUUGUCAAAAAUGGGACAUAAUUUAUUUUCCCCCUAUUACAUCUAUACACUUGUUAAAUGCUGUGAUUGGAGUACUGAAAACGUGGGAAUGGAAAGUAUCGUACAAGAAAGGAAGUUGCUGAACUGCACUCCUGGGAGUGGAUAGUGUGGGUGCAGCUCGAAGUGUGUGUGUGUGUGUGGUGGUUUUUUUUUUUUUAAGAAAAGCAAAUGUGGAAAGAACAGUUCUCGCAUGUAGGUUUUAUAUUUAAACAAACCCUAUCUUUCCUAGAAAGAACAGAUAGAUCAGGGGAUAUCAUUAUAUAUUUGUUAUCUCCUAAUGUUUCUAGGAAAGUGGUUCCCUGGAGGUUUUUGUGCACAAACAGAUGUUGGAAGGGGUUCAGAUCUGGGGGAACUAUAGAGUAGAAUGCUUAAAGUUUUGAGAUGCCUUUGAACUUUUCAUAAAACCAUCUCAUUGGCCUUCUACCCUACCACAUACUCACACUGCAUGUGUGAGUAUUUAAAUUCCCCUGCAUGUGUUGGUAUUUCAUAAGCUUUCACAAACCACAAUGACAAACGGUCAGAAUAGAAGCAACUCAGAAAAGCAGUGGUCUUAAGUGUGCCUGUCUAUGCUAGAAGAUACUGUGUACACCCUGAUACAGCAAGGGAGAUCUGCAAGUGUGGCUGAUACAACUAUCUGAUCAUCUGAUUCCCAUUGAAUGUACCAAUGUGUAUGCCCAGACGCCUACUCAUCUAUAACAAACUAAAGCUGGGCUAAUGUCUGUUUUCCAAAGGUUUUAUUUGAAAACCUUGAUUAAGAUAGAGAGAAAGAGAACUAGAGAAUGGGCUCAGUCACACUGACAGCAAUAGCCCCUGCAAUACAAAAAUUAAAAUACUAAUAUUGAAAAGUACUACUGUGUAAUGCUUUAAUGAGUACCAGCACUUGUUUUUAUGCAUGAAGAAGGGACACAGUCCUUUCUCGUGUGGUUUAUAAUCUACAUUAGAUAGACAGGCCAAGUAGAAGGAAAGGUCAGGGUUUUGAUAUAGGAGGUGGUGGUGGUAGAGAGUCAGAUGCCAAUAAAAAUGUGGAGAUGGUCAGUGUUGUGAUGACGUAAGCCAGUUAUGGUUUCAGAAUGACUAAUUCAGAUAUAUGGCCUCUAUAUGCAAGGAAUUCCAGAAACUGCUUUCAUAGGGUACUAGUAAUUUUUGAAAACCUUUCCAUGAUAAGUCUCUUCAUAUCUCAAGGGGGGUACAGGACAGUGCGGUGCUGUGUGGGACCACUUUCUCAUCAGGCCACACCAUGCAGAAAGUGGUUUUCAAAUGUUAUAGCAGCUUGGUACCUAGCAGAUGCUUUAGUCAGUGGCCAUAAUGCAGUGAUCUUCACUAAUUUUUCAAGUGGUGGCCAUUUUGGCAAAAAAUAAAAUAAAAAAUUCCCCUGUGAGAGCCAUUUCCCACUGUGUUAACCUCAGUGCCAGAAGUGCCCAGGAAAUUCGGUUUGGUCUUGUUGUGCUGGAUUAAACUCUCUGCUCAUCCAUUACUUCAACUGGGUGUCCUAGGGCAAAACUGACAUCCCAUGCUGGGUUUACCAGUCUCUAUAAAAUAAGAAUAAUACUAACGUCUCACAGGCUGGUUAUGAGGAUGAAUAAGAUAAGGAUUUAGUAAAAGUACUUAGCAUGUUGCAAGUGCUACAAAAUAAUGAUAAAUUCAUUCUUUACACAAUGUUUUGUUUUUUUUAUGAACAAGGGACAACAUGAAUAAGGGCCAGAAAAUGAACUGCAUUUGCCACAGUGAUGCUGCUACAUAGAGACUUACAACAUGUUGGCCCUGAUCCAUGUGCAGAGUGCUUGCAGAGUUGAGAUGGGGAAGGGAUUGGCUGCAGUGGGGAGACAGCACUUGGCAACCUUGCUGUAGCAAAUGUAUCUUCUGUAUAGGGUGGUGUGAGGGUAAGAGAAAGCAACUUUCUGAAAGUGGUUUCAUGAUGUGAGAAAUUGUGAAAGGCCAGCAAUGCUGUUCACUUAUAAAAAGGACCAAUGCCUUUUUGUCUUUAAGUAUCUUUCUCAGGAAAGUCAUAAAAAUUGGUCAGACACAUUCACUUCACUGUUGAUGAUCAAGGGCAAUUCAUCCUUCUAAUGCUCAUUGAUAUUGGUCAGACCACACUGGGGUGGUGGCUGUACUUGCUGGGGCAUUAAAAUGUUGCAUUUUGUGGCCUUUCACACUUCAAAAAUAAAGGCGUGAGAUGAAGAAAAAAAACAUGUAUUGGAACAUCUAAGAGAUGUUUUUUAAUUAUGGUCACAAUUUUUGGAGGUGCAACGUACAAGAUCAGUGCUUUGGGUCCUUUUGUGGAAGUAAUUUUAUAACCUUUUGUGAUGGGAAAUAAGUGGCUUUUACUUUGUUUCAUAAUAUUCACAUCCCUGUAUAUAAAAAGCCCAUUAAAACAAAAGUACUGGUUGUGGA